GCACCAAGAUUAGCAGACUAAGGAACCAACUAGCAGAUUGUCUUAACCUCCAUCUCUGCUCAAUUCAAUAGUACCACAUUUUUGAGAGAGCAAAGAAAACACCCUCUUCAUUUCUUGAUCAAACCGCCAUUUCUUUCGAUCUAAUCUGUCCUCCAAAGGCGACCCACUCCUCGGAAAACCUCAAGAACAUACCCGCAAAAGGGCGAACAAGAGAACCAAAAAUUGAUGCCAAAGUGCUUCAGCUUUGCAGCAGCAUAUGACCGAUGGUGUCGCUUCAGCUUUUCCCGAGCGGGCCUGAAAUCGACCACCACCGACCUCGGCGAAGGCACGGUCAUGCACUGUUGGGUCCCCAAGACGUACAACCCCAACAAGCCCAACUUGCUCCUCUUGCACGGCCUCGGAGCCAAAGGAAUGUGGCAGUGGAGCAUGUUCAUCUCGCGCUUCAUCGAGACAUUCAACUUGUACGUGCCUGAUCUCUUGUUCUUCGGCGAAUCCUACACAACCCAGCCCGAGCGGACCGAGCAGUUUCAGGCUCAGUGCGUCGCAGGAGUCUUGAAGGCUCAGGGAGUGAGAAAGACGAAAGUGGUGGGGCCAAGUUACGGUGGAUUCGUGGCGUAUAGCUUGGCGGCGCAGUUCCCGGAGAUGGUGGAGAAGUUGGUUCUGUGCUGUGCAGGGGUUUGUAUGGAGGAGAAGGACAUAGAGGAUGGGAUGUUUCAGUUGAAGAGCGUGGACGAGGCCGUGAGUUUGCUGUUACCGCAGACGCCAGAGAAGAUGAAGGAAAUGCUCAAGGUUGUCUUUUACAAGCCUGUGUGGAACGUGCCCAAUUGCAUUCUGCAGGAUUUCCUUGAUGUUAUGUGCACGGAGUACACUCAAGAAUGGACAGGGCUGCUUAAUGCCUUACUCAAAGAUAGGAAGAUGUCUAAUCUUCCCAAGAUAACUCAGCCGACACUGAUAAUCUGGGGGGAAUAUGACAAAGUCUUUCCAUUGGAAUUGGGUCACAGAUUAAAGAGGCAUUUGGAUGAAAAUGCGCAAUUAGUUGUUAUCAAGGAUUGUGGUCAUGCAAUGACUGGAGGGGAGAUGAAAGAGAUGAACAAACGCAUGAAGUCGUUCCUCGUAGAUCGACCCCUUUCACCUGAGAAGGCAAAUCAAACCAAAGGCCAGAAGGUGCACUGAGAGUCAGCAAUGAAUUUAUAGUCGCAUUCAGCCUUCUGCAGCAUGAUUGUUCGAGUUAUAUACUCAUUAAUAUAAGCUAUGUAGUUAGAGGAAACACAGUUCAACAUAUUGAACCGAUGAAGAGCAAGGCCCAGUAUGGGGAAUAUUUCCUUUUUCUCCUC